CACCAUAGACAUGCAGACUGCUUCUACAUACAUUUGUGAAAGAAUGGCUCACUCUCAGGAGCUCAGUGAAUUCAAGCGUGGUACCGUGAUAGGUUGCCACCUGUGCAAUAAGUCCAUCCGUGACAUUUCUUUCCUACUAAAUAUUCCACAGUCAACUGUUAGUGGUAUUAUAACAAAGUGGAAGAAACUGGGAACAACAGCAACUCAGACACGAAGUGGUAGGCCACGUAAAAUGACAGAGCGGGGUCAGCGCAUGCUGAAGCGCACAGUGCGUAGAAAUCGACAACUGUCUGCAGAGUCAAUAGUUAAAGACCUCCAAACUUCGUGUCUCCGUCAGAUUAGCACAACAACAGUGCAUAGAGAGCUACAUAGAAUGGGUUUCCAUGGCCAAGCAGCUGCAUCCAAGCCUUACAUCACCAAGUGCAAUGCAAAGCAUUGGAUUUAAUGGUGUUGAGCACAUCGCCUCAGGACUCGAGAAUGGUACUUGCCUGACUACACUGUACCAAGUGUAAAGUUU